AUGUACUCCAGCUCUGACGACAACACUCGCCAGGAAACAGUGCAUCUUUUCUUCAAGAAAUUGCCCGCUUCUUUGCACAAUUUAAACAUACUUGCAGAGCUUCCUGGAGAGUUCUUGAAAUACGACAGCCAAGAUACAGGUCACGGUCAAUGUCUUGAAAAUUCCAUCAACAAGAUUUUGGCCUUGAAACGUGGGUGCAAUGUUAUGCUACUCUAUAACAUUAAUGAUAAUUUAAGGAAUGGCUUGCAAGGAAAGUUCGUGGGAGGAGACCCUAAAAACAAAGAAUGUCUCAUUGUUAAUUUCCCAAAGGUUGGUAAUGUUAGCAUUUCCCGAAGAACGUGGUACAAGUAUGACGAGAAUGGAAGAGUCAAGGCCAGUCGCACUCAAUUCCCAAUCAUUCCAAGUUAUGCCAUAACCGAUCAUAAAGCACAAAGUCUUACCCUAAGUAGAGUUGUCAUGCAUUGUUCACAAGAGUUUGUUGCUGGCCAAACUUAUGUUGCAUUGUCAUGA